AUGUCAGGUCCAGAAAUAUGUCAAUCUAGUGAUCCUGUAGUCGAGAAGAAACGCAAACCUAACCGCUUAAUUGUCGAUAGUACCAUCAAGGAUGACAAUUCGGUUGUUUCUAUGUCUCAGGCCAAAAUGGAUGAGUUGCAGCUGUUCCGCGGUGAUACUGUAUUCAUCAGGGGCAGGAAAAGAAAGGAAACCAUCUGUGUGGCACUGCCUGACGAAACCUGUCCAGAUGACCAUAUUCGCACAAACCGUUGUGUUCGCAUCAAUUUGCGGGUGAAACUAGGGGAUGUUGUUACAGUUACGUGCUGUCAGGACAUAGUAUACGCAAAACGUAUCCACGUUCUGCCUAUUGACGAUACUAUUGUUGGUCUUACUGGAAACUUGUAUGAAGUCUAUAUAAAACCAUACUUUUUGGCUGCCUAUCGACCAGUGCGGAAAGAUGAUAUAUUCAUUGCGCGUGGUGGACUGAGAGCUGUUGAGUUCAAGGUUAUUGAAACGGAUCCAUCACCGUACUGCAUUGUUGCACCUGACACCAUUAUUCAUACGGAAGGUGAUCCCGUGAAAAGAGAGGACGAAGAGGAAAGGAUGAAUGAAAUAGGCUACGAUGACAUUGGAGGUUGUCGUAAACAGUUAGCUCAAAUAAAGGAGAUGGUGGAAUUACCUCUUCGUCAUCCCCAGUUGUUCAAAAUCAUAGGUGUGAAACCUCCUCGGGGUAUACUCCUCUACGGACCUCCUGGUACUGGUAAGACUUUGGUUGCUCGUGCGGUAGCUAAUGAGAGUGGAAGCUUCUUCUUCCUCAUUAAUGGACCUGAAAUCAUGUCAAAAUUGGCUGGGGAGUCGGAGUCUAAUCUGCGAAAGGCUUUCGAGGAAGCGGAAAAAAACGCACCAGCCAUAAUCUUCAUUGACGAGCUAGACGCCAUUGCUCCAAAAAGGAAAAGACUCAUGCAGAGAAGUCAUGUGAUUGUUAUGGCUGCUACGAAUCGACCCAAUAGCGUUGAUCCUGCGCUUAGACGUUUCGGUCGUUUUGACCGUGAGAUAGAGAUAGGUAUUCCUGAUAGCAUUGGACGGUUGGAGAUUUUACGAAUACAUACGAAGAAUGUACGUCUUGCUAAUGAUGUCGACUUAGAACAAAUUGCCAACGAGGCACAUGGUCAUGUAGGAGCUGAUUUAGCAUCACUGUGUUCUGAGGCUGCAUUGCAACAAAUACGAAAUAAGAUGGACCUUAUUGAUUUAGAAGAUGAUACGAUUGAUGCUGAAGUAUUGAACUCGUUGGCCGUAACAAUGGAUGAUUUUCGCUGGGCUUUAGGAAAGAGCAAUCCUUCUGCACUGCGUGAGACAACGGUUGAAGUACCUAAUGUAACAUGGAAUGACAUUGGUGGUCUAGAGACUGUUAAACAAGAGCUACAGGAACUAGUACAAUAUCCGGUUGAACAUCCAGAUAAAUUCCUGAAGUUUGGUAUGACUCCAAGUAAAGGAGUUUUGUUUUAUGGUCCUCCCGGAUGUGGUAAGACUUUGCUAGCAAAAGCUAUCGCUAACGAGUGCCAAGCUAAUUUCAUCAGCAUUAAAGGACCGGAACUGCUGACUAUGUGGUUUGGUGAGUCGGAAGCAAACGUUCGAGAUAUUUUUGACAAGGCGCGACAAGCAGCACCAUGUGUUCUUUUCUUUGACGAACUGGACUCCAUUGCUAAGGCCCGUGGAGGUAGUGUUGGAGAUGCUGGAGGCGCUGCAGAUCGGGUUAUCAACCAACUCUUAACAGAAAUGGAUGGGAUGUCUGCUAAAAAGAAUGUGUUUAUCAUUGGUGCAACUAACCGUCCGGACAUUAUUGAUGGGGCUAUUUUACGUCCUGGAAGACUUGACCAACUUAUCUAUAUCCCGCUACCAGAUGAAUCCUCAAGGGUUAACAUUUUAAAGGCCAAUCUGCGUAAAUCACCGAUCGCCAAGGAUGUUGACCUUAACUACCUGGCCAAAGUCACUCAGGGAUUUUCGGGCGCCGACCUCACUGAAAUUUGUCAGCGCGCAUGCAAACAGGCUAUUCGGGAAUGUAUUGCGGCGGAAAUAACUGCUGAACGAGAAAGAAAGACCAAACCAAAUGCUAUGGAAGAUGAUAGCGAUCCGGUACCAGAAAUAACACGACAUCAUUUUGAAGAAGCUAUGCGUUUCGCCAGACGUUCAGUUACUGAGAACGAUGUGCGGAGGUAUGAAAUGUUCGCACAGACACUUCAACAGUCCAGAGGAAUAGGUAGUAACUUCAGGUUCCCAGGAUCCGAUGGUCCCGGAGUGACACCCACAGGUCCUGGUGCUCAAGGUGGAGGACCGACGUAUGGCGCCCACAAUGAUGUGGAAGAUUUAUACAAUUAG